AUGGAGCCAGGGGCAUCAGCACUGCUGAUAUCAGAAUGGACUCUCAUAUCCUUAUCGACGCUUGUCAUCGCCGCUCGCAUCUACCUUCGACUAGUCAUCCAAAAGCGUCCCCUUCUCAGCAGCGACAUCGUCAUGGCAUUUGCAUGGGCCAUGGGCAUCGUGGUGGCCUCUUUUUGCCUCACAUAUGUCCACAUGGGAGUAAUGGAACCGGACAUCGACUACUCUCUGAAGAACUACAACGGGACCGAACAUGACAAACAAUUCAUUCAUAGGUUACUCUGGAUUAGUUCCCUUCCGUUCUUGGCUUCAUUCUAUAUCAGCAAAGCCGCUCUGCUCUGUGUAUACCAUCAGGUCAUUCCUAUUUUCAUGACCAAGAGAAGGUGGUUCCUCUGGGCUACGGUCACUUUCGUGGCGCUUUCCUUCAUCACAACUAUCGUUCUUCUCUUCACCAUAUGCACUCCCGUUAGUCGGUUCUGGACACUUGAUGCUGAUCGCAAAUGCCCUAGCUCAUCCUUGGCGGUCUUUGUGAGGACAGCCUGGGCUCUGAACUUCGCCAGUGACAUACUGGUUUUUGUCCUUCCCUGGCUUAUUGUUCCCGAUCUUAUGAUCAAGGGCUAUCUACGAAUCGGUAUCUAUCUGACAUUUCUCCUUGGUCUCAUCAAUAUGACCAUGAGUGUUGUUCGCUAUACCAAGUUAUACACUGACGAGCACUUCGGCAAAACAUCCUUGGUUACCACCCACUUUUGGAACUCGUUGGAUCUCUAUAUCGGCCUUGUUAUCGCGUGUUUACCCGCACUUCGGCCAUACUUCAACCUUGCUGCAGAGUCUCGCGCCUUCAGCUAUGUCAAAGGCAAGACAAGUGCUCGCAGCAGCCAAUACACCGGCACAUCUGGUUCCUCUGGUACUCGCUCGUCCCAUGUCACUAGGCCCCCGCCAGCUUAUAGGCAGCAAUCUUCGUCCUCAUUUACGCCUCUGAGACGCCUAUCAAACUCAGCGUCAUAUGAUAUGGAUACUGAACUAAUGAACAAGGUUUGA